AUGGUGAAGCUGGAGUUGAAUGGAAGUCCUAUUAGUGGUGAAUUACAUUUUCUGACAGUUUGCUUUGUUUUCCUUUUUCAGGAUGCUUCCUCUGCAGACAUUCGGAAAGCAUAUCGAAAGCUUUCACUAAUUUUACACCCAGACAAGAAUAAAGAUGAAAAUGCAGAAACACAGUUUAGGCAAUUGGUGGCCAUCUAUGAGGUUUUAAAGGAUGAAGAAAGGAGGCAUAGGUAUGAUGAUAUUCUGAUCAAUGGACUACCAGAUUGGCGACAGCCUGUAUUCUACUACAGGCGGGUGAGAAAAAUGAGCAAUGCUGAGCUGGCAUUACUCUUGUUCAUUAUACUCACAGUGGGUCAUUAUGCUGUGGUUUGGUCAAUCUACCUGGAAAAACAGCUGGAUGAACUGCUUAGCAGAAAAAAGAGGGAGAAGAAGAAAAAAACAGGUGGCAGGAGUACUGAUGAAGCCAAACUUGCUGCUGUAGACAAAAAUGAAAGAGUACUGGACAAACCACAAUGGCAUGACUUACUUCCAUGCAAGCUGGGAAUAUGGUUCUGUCUCACUGUGAAAGCUUUACCUCAGCUAUUCCAGGAUGCCAGACAAUUAUAUGUAGAAUAUAAAGAAACAAAAAUGAAGGCGAGAGAAGAUGCCCUGGCUAAGGCUGAACUUGAAACACUUCAGAAGGAGAAGAAGCCUAAAAUCAAGAAACCAAAAUCAGAAUUCCCUGUAUACACGGUUCUGGAGUCAAGCGCAUAUAUACCAUCGUAUGAUCAUGGAGCUUCAAUUGAAGAGAUUGAGGAACAGAUGGAUGAUUGGUUGGGAGGCAGGAACAGAACACAAAAAAAGAAG